ACAUUUUGGUCACAAGACAAAGAUCAGUACUCCCCUUUUUCUUUUUCUUCUUUCCUGUACCUUCUCCUCCUACCAUCCCAAGGAUGGCUAAGCUUCAAUCAGAUCAACUUAAACAGCUGAGGGACAUCUUCAUUCGCUUUGACAUGGACAGGGAUGGUAGCCUAACGCAGCUAGAGCUCGCGGCCCUGCUGCGUUCCCUCGGGCUAAAACCAACAGGGAAUCAAAUUCAUGAUCUACUGGCCAACAUGGAUGCCAACGGUAAUGGUACGAUUGAAUUUGAAGAGCUUGUUGAGGCCAUUUUGCCAGACAUGAACGAGCAGAUUUUGAUCAAUCAAGAACAACUAUUGGAGGUCUUUCGAUCGUUCGAUCGCGAUGGCAAUGGUUUCAUAACUGCAGCUGAAUUUGCUGGCCAAAUGGCCAAAAUGGGACAUCCCUUGACUUACAAAGAGCUAACUGAAAUGAUGCGUAAUGCUGAUACAAAUGGAGAUGGGGUCAUUAGCUUCAAUGAGUUUGCCAACAUUUUAGGCAAAUCUGCCUCUGAUUUUCUUGGUCUAACGGUCUCGUGAUCGAUGGAUUGGUGAUUGUGUGAUGACAACGAUGAAUACAACUUUGCCAACAGAAUGCUGAUAUUUGGAUCACUCAAUACGAUAGGUUCUGUACCAAAAGGGAGUUAUCUUUGAUCAUCCUCCUCAAAACAGGACCGAAGAAACUUCAUAUUCAGGCAAAUGAACAUGACUCGGACAAUCUCGAUGCUUCUGUCACCCUAAAAAUUGAUCCAUUUGAGUGGUCAAGGAAUCUGGUGCUAUUGUUUGGAAGACUAAAAACCACCAUUAUAGAAGGCCUAUUGCUACCUGCAAGGGCUCUUAGGACGCUCCUCAGUACCAUUGUUGUAACUAUGUCCACAAAAAUGGAUUAAUCCUUUGAAGCAAAUUGAG